UAAAAUGUCAAAUAAAAAUAAUUAUCGUUUAUGGCCAUUUCAUGGCGUUUUUCAGAAAAUAGAUGUAAUCCUAUUGAGUUAAUUUACAAGUUUAAAUUAGUUCACAAGGAGUAGCAUUAUUUGCUAUGAUUCAUUUUAAAGACAAUAAAAGCAAGUCUGCACUCAGUACAAGAUGGGCACAGAUGUCAAAGCAAGAACAAAUUAUAGAAAGAAAGAAACUCGAAAUACAGGCCAAGUUAGAGGCUCAGAAACAGGCGGCAGCUCUCGCAGCUCAAGCUAAAUUGACCAAUCCAUCAACAAAAGAUGAAUCGGGGUCAGCAAAUAUCUUUUCAAAUGAUGGUAGUUUUAUGAGUCAAUUCAAAGCUCUACUCGAGAAACAGCAUCAAGAAAAAAAAGAAAAAGAAGAGAAAGAAAAAAUAGCAGAAGAAUUGAAGAAAAGUAUAAAAAGUGAACAGAAACCAAAACCUCAAGAAAUUCAAAAUUCUGAUGAUACUGAAACUUAUCCGGAACAUCUAGUUAGUGAAAAUGAUGAUAGGAGAAGGCCUAGUGAUAAAGGAGGACGAGAAAGACAAAGAAGAUGGAGUGACAGAGGAAAAAACAGAUCCCAUAGCCCCAUUACACCAAUUGUGGAAGACAGAAAGAAAGCACCUGAAAAUAAAUCCAUUCCCUCUUUAAUGCAGUUGUCUGUUGCCCCUCCUGAUGAUCCCAAUUCAGACUCUGAUAGUCACCAUCAAUGGAAUAUGCAAUCUGGACAUGAUUCAAAAGAUGACUCUGAUAAUUCAAAUCAGGGUAUGAUGGGGUCUGGUCCUUCAGUAGGUCCUAUGGGUCUAGGAUCCAUGGGGCCAGGACCUAUGGGUUCAGGUCUAAUGGGCCCUGGACCUAUGGGACCGGGACCCAUGGGUCCUGGUCCUAUGGGACCUGGUCCAAUGGGUCCAGGGCCAAUGGGUCCAGGCCCGAUGGGUCCCGGGCCUAUGGGUCAUGGUCCGAUGGGACCAGGACCUAUGGGACCAGGACCUAUGGGACCAGGGCCUAUGGGGCCAGGCCCAAUGGGGCCGGGUCCAAUGAUGAGGCCCGGUGGACCUGGUGGUCCUAUGCCACCAUUUAUGGGUGGGCCCCCCAAUUUUGCGAUGCCCCCUAAUUUUAUGGGACCAAAUGGACCAGAAGGUCCUUGUGGACCAGGACUAAUGCCACCUAACAUGUGUGGUCCUAAUAUGCGCGGCCCUGGUCCAAACGGUCCAAUGCCACCUUUCUUUGGUCCUCCUUUUCCUAAUCAAUCAAUGAUGGGUCCUAAUGGUCCUCGAAAUUCCAUGAUGCCUCCAAAUUCAGGAAAUAACAACAUGCCAUUUAUGGGUCCCAGACCACCGUUUGGCCCUAACCGUCCAAACUUUGGUCCAAAUGGAAAUGGAUCUAAUUUUGGGCCUAAUGGAAAUGGUCCUCCGAACAUGCCCCCAUUUGGACCACCUAACAUGAACCAAAGUACAGUCCAUAAAAUACCUGAACCAAAACCUCUUGAAACUGUGACUAUUCCACCACCAGAACCUAUGAAGCUUCAAAACAUUCCUCCACCAAUGCCUCUGCCCUUAAAUCAUAUCCCAAAGCCCAAAGACUUGGAUCCAGGAAACAUUCCAGCACCACCAAAAACUACACAAGUUCUCUCUGCAGAUAUGUUCCCGCCGUCAGUCCAGCGUGCGGCCAGCGAGGUCGCCAGCAACGGUGACCACUGGGAAAAUGUCCUGAAAGCAAUACACUCACAAGAUCAAAAUAUGUGGUUCCUUCAUAAUCAGAACUCUAGCGAGUAUAAGGCGUUCUGGGAAUUAGUGAUAAUGAUUCGGAACAACCAACACAAUGAGAAGAAACCUGAGGUGAAGCCUGAGGAUAAAUAUGAGCCUGAGUUCAGUUUAGAGGAUGAUGACAGUGAGGACGGUAGACCCUAUGUGAAGGAAGAAUCAAGAGACAACUCCGAUUCCCAGUUCCAUUUCAACCAAAACGCAUAUCAGGAUUCUUUCAAACCUGAGCAGGCUAGCUCCCAAAGUGAUGAGGAGUCUGACAGUAAGAAAGAGGCACGCAGAAGAAAAAGGAAGUCUCGUUGGGGCGAUGACCCACCUGCCGAAGAUAUCAAGCCACCUGGAAUCGUGAUGCCUGUGAUGCCACCAGAUGUGGCUAGUAUGAUGCCUGUCACAGGACCGAAACUCGCAAAAAUCGACGAGGGAGGUUUAAAACUGACCAAUGUAAAUCGCAACAACCAAGCUUUGAUGCAGUAUGCGGUAACAAAUUACGGUACUACUAAUCUUAGUGCAGAAGAUUGGAAGAAAUGCGAAGAUAAUUUCAAAUUAAAUCUUCUAUAUCAGGACAUGUUGAAGAAGCGUCAACAAGUAGAACGAUUGGCCGCGGCCGGCAAGCACAAGUAUGAAUAUGAUAGCGACGAAGAUACUGCUGAAGGAACAUGGGAACAUAAGCUUCGUGCGAAAGAGAUGUGCGCAACAGAAAAAUGGGCGGACGAACUUACCAAACAAGCGGCCGGGAAACAUCACAUUGGUGAUUUCUUGCCCCCAGAAGAACUGAGAAAGUUCAUGGAAAAAUAUUCAGCUUUCAAAAGUGGUAAAGAACCAGAUCUGAGUGAUUAUAAAGAAUUUAAACUGAAAGAGGACAAUGUUGGGUUCAAAAUGCUGCAGAAGCUCGGCUGGAAUGAAGGUCAAGGCUUAGGCGCUGAAGGUACCGGCAUAGUAGAGCCCAUCAACAAGGCCCAGCAGCCAGUGGCCAAUAUGGGUCUUGGGGCGAACGCUUCUGACGUGGUGUCUGCAGAAGAUGACGAGUUCGAUGCUUACAGGAAGAGGAUGAUGCUUGCAUACAGAUUCAGACCAAAUCCAUUGAAUAAUCCACGACGCCCAUACUAUUAAGAGAAAUUACUCGUGUACAGAUAGAAAAACAAGUAAUAAUAAGCGGGAGUUAUCUUUGUAGUAUUUUUCAUUAUUUUGAAGAUGUCAAGGUUCCAUAAGAAUGAACCGCUAAUAACUUAUUGAUAGCCAAUGAGUUUUGUUUUUAUUAUUAUUGUCUAUAGAUCGCAUUAAUUAUGUCACACUUUGAAUUGUUAUUAAAUUAUUGUUUUUUUUUUUCACUUUUAUCCUAAUGAAAUGUCGCUACUCUGAAGAUUUUUUUUUAUUCAUUAAGAAACAGUUAUACUUAUUGUUUUUGAGUGAAAUGAGGAUAUUUUUCUUUUUAAAAACUGUCAGUCAAAAAGCUUGAUUCAUUAGUUGAGAUUAAAACGAAUAUAGGAUAACCAACAAUUUUUGAUCUUCCACCCCUAAUAAGCGAUCGGUCAGUUUAUUAAGCUUCAGUAAUAAAAUUUUACAUGAAUCAAAAAUUGAAAAUUUGAAUUGAAAAUUAAUAACUUAUUUAUGUAAUUGUAAAUGCUUUGCGAAACAUUUGUAUUUACGGAGCUAUAUCACAUGACUUUUUUAAAGAAAAACCAAUUUUUAAACAUAUUGUAUAAUAAUGUAUUAAUAUAUAAUUAGCUCUACAUAUAACUAUUUUGCUCUAGAUAUUAGUUUUUAAUUCCUUGUGUUUAUAUGCCUGAGAUUGAUAAAUGCCUAAGUAUGCUUCCCUUUUAGUACUACAUUAGUUAAGUUAUUGUAAGAUUUCUAAUAAACAUUUAUAAAUAUGAUAGAAUAUUUUAUUUCAACACUCGAUAUUAUUAAAGUAAAGCAUCAUCAU